CAUGAGUGAAAGAGAAAGGAAUUAUUGCGUUCUGUUAUUGCUGUAAUUCUGUUAUGUUACAAUAACGGAUAUUUACGUAAAUAACUAAAUAAAAGAAGAAUAAAUUUAUCGGAAUAUUCGCUAUGAUUAAUCAGAUUCUAAAUGGAAAAUUUAUUUCUUUUAUAAGACAAGAAAACGGAUUAUUAAAAAGAUCUUUAUUUUAUUGGCUGACCAUAAUUUUUAAUAGUGUCGAUAAAAAAAGAAUCGAAGAGGUUGGUCCUGAUCAAGCUUGUGCUGAAUGGCUCUUAAGAAAUGGAGCUUAUGUAAAAUGGAAAAAUUCUUCAGAGUAUUUGAAAGAUUAUAAUAUUUUGAUCAAACAAACAGGAACAAAUUAUAUACAAAGCAUUGAAGCUGAAAAUGCAGGCAUAACGUAUGUAGGAUUUCCAUAUUUUGAUGGUUGUAAAUAUAUAGAGGAGGUUAAACUUAUUCGUUGUCCAUACAUUUGCAAUAGAGCAAUGUCUUCCUUAUCGUAUUUAAAGGAAUCUCUAACGCAUCUAGAAGUUAUAGAAUGUGCAAGCGUAACUGAUGAAGGAUUGUAUAAGUUGAAAAAACUUCAAAAAUUGAAAAUAUUGAAACUUGAAGGAAUGCCAUAUUUAAAAAAUCCGGAUGAUGUCAGGAAACAAUUAAUGGAGUCUUUACCAAAUGCUAAGAUCGAAUUGAAAUGAAAUAUUUAUCAAUAAAAUUAUGAUUUUAUUACUAUUUA